AUGGACCGACGAUCGUACCUCGACGGCGACGCGACCCCUACCCACGAGCACACAAACGUAUUCGGCGACGAGUUCGAAGUAGACGACUUUGACGGCGUCGCGGAUGGCUUCAGGCCCAAUGUCGACCGGGAAGAAGACGCUCAGUCGCGCCAAGACGACGUCACAGACUACCCGGUACCGACGACCGUCUCUGCACACUAUGCCACGAGUCCUGUGACACCCACAUCUCCCAAUGGCCCUUCGAGAAACUCGACGCGAAAGUCAAGAGGCUAUCUGAAUCCCUUCGCCAGUCCCGACGAUGAGGACUCAUCGCACGAAAGACAGCAGAGCCUCGAAUUCGAGCCGGACAGUCUGAUUCGGAGAUCGACUUCAUCGGCAUCUUCACAUGUAUACGCGCAGACGAACAGUCCUAGAUUUGGCGCGGGUCCGAGCCAUCCCUAUGGCGCAUAUCAACAAGGCACUGUGGCGAGGACUCUCAGUGUGGGAACGACUUCGACAGUACGACCCGGGCCACGGCAAUCAUACUCGCAAAGCAGACCACAACAUCCGUACGCAUUAUAUCCGCAAGGAGUGGACGACGAUCUCGAAGAUGAUGACGACGAUACGGUACAAAUGCGACAGAAUCCCGUGCCUGUUGGGUUUCCAGGUUUGGGCCAGAACUACACCCGGCGGUUAGGGCCCGAUGGCGAAGAUCAAGAUAUCAUAGGCGAAGACGGACACACCGAACAGCUACCGCCUUACAGUCGAUAUCCAGAAGAUGGCCCGGAAAAGAUGCCUCUUCUACCGACUGCGCUUCAUAGCCGCGCACCCGUUGCUGGCACAGAUCCCGGCAUGCCUCUCAUGCACACCGCAUUACAACCCUCUCCCACACCGCAACCGACGCAAUCAAUGACAGACGAAUCUGCAUUAGAACGACACGCAUCGCGGGCAUCCACCGCCCAUCUCAUAUCAUCAUCAUCGUCACGGACAGGGAGCACGUUUGACGAAAAGAAGUCUUGGAAGGAAAAGUCGUGGAAAGAGAAGAGAAAGACACGGUUCUGCGGCAUCCCCCUUUGGUGGAUAUUGUUGGGUGUCGCCGUGUUGACGUUCAUUGGAGCAGUAUUGGGAGGUGUGAUUGGAGGGUUCGUAGCGGGUGGAAACCAUGCUCGAGACAAGGCCACGGUCACCGUUGUGACGUCGCUAUACGAUGCUAGUCUCAUCGCAUCGCCGACAUCAGGCGCACCGCCCACUGGCACGUAUGCGCUCACCUUAGGUCAACCUGAGGAAACGCAAUGCGCUUGUCUCCCCAGCCAGGCACAACAAGUGGCAUGGGACUGCAACCUCACCCCCAAUGCCGCCCUUGGUAUAUCCGUGGAGAUCCCAGGCCCGGGUAAACCCAGCGGCGCAAGCGUCUUCUACGCCUCCAACGACACCACCAUCGCAUAUGGGGCUCAGCUGAGCUCUAUGAACACGCCCUUUGCUCAGUUCCUCACAGUCCAAGACAACGAUGACAAGAGCAAUGGGCCUGCAUUCUACUUCCAACAGUUCUACGACAAGGUCGUCGUUGUACCGGAGGAAGCCAUUGCCGUGCCGUCGGACAGCAAGAAGGGAAAACGAGGAGAGUACCCACCUGGAUUCAUCGUCCCAGAAGAGUGGUCACACCGCAAGCAGGUUGCCACGCCCGGUGACAAGCCAUGGUUUUGUGUGUGGAAUGGUACCUUCCUUGAAGGAUUCAUCUAUAUCCAGCAGGCUGCUUCUGUCAGUAGCAGUGUUGCUUCAACUACCAGCGCCGCGAACUCUACGAGCCCACCACAUACUACACCACCGCCAAGCACCACUACUGGAUUCACUCCCACGCCUCCCACCACCCCACCUCCUGACAUUAUCACGACCACCAUUACGGCACCCUUCACAACCGCAACCUUCACCGGCGCUGCCUCUGACUUCAAUGAAUGGGCGAGUGCGCGUGUGGACGAAGCCAAACGACGCUUUUACGGGAAAGAACUCGAAGACGGCUACCAUGCGAAAGAGAAGAGGCAAAACCCGAACGACGCGUGGAGCCAAAUGGAGGUCUUCCCAUACAUCGUCAAGCUCGAGGAGCGACGACUACCGAACAACCCGCAGAAUCCAUACUGUCAGCAGUACCAGGUCCUGGACUCGUGGGGUGCGAAUUGGGUAGCAGACAACGACGGCAACCCCAUCAUCGUGGAGUUGAACGAACAAGACCCAAGCUACGGAGCGUACGAGAGCGCCGGCUUGGCCAGCCAGACGAAGCGAAAACGAACUAUACCUGGAGGGUGCCACUGCCAAUGGAUGAGCGGUGAGACCAACUAG